AUUCCCGCUACGCUGCUCACUCGCCCCAUCGAUGUGCUCCUGUCGAAGAUGAAGCAGAGAGCGUAUCUACGCUCUCAGGAUGAAGUACACCGAAGCUUGCCAGAGCAUCAGAAUCCAGAGAUGGCACACGCAUAUCCCCAGCUGAUUGAUAUUGAGAUCUUGAAGUGUCAGAAUCCAUCAUUCUUCUUGGGUCGAGAGUUGACAGUUGUGCCUAUCGUGGACAAUGCAAAUUAUUUUCAAGAAGAAAUGCUGAAGUGGAGUGAUGAAUUGGAGAGUACAGAAGACCAGAUUACUGUCAACCACAACCCACAUGUGGGUGAAAUCUGUGCAACAAAAAAUAGCAACAGUAUUAUCUGGUCACGAGUGAAAGUUACAAAAAUUUUUCACACCUUACGUGGAGACCAGGCACAGUGCUACUUUGUAGAUACAGGAGAAACAAAACAGGUGCCCAUAUAUAGGCUACGGAAACUUCCUGAUAAAUUCAUUAUGGUGCCAUUUCAAGUACGAACAAUGAAGCUGGCCAAAAUACAACCAUUAAGUCUUCAGAUGGAGGUUACAAACUCAGGACUUACCGUCCCAAAAAGGCCAUCCAGUAAAUGGGAUCCUUCUGCAGUUGUUUAUUUUCAGAACCUAGUUGCAAGGUCAAAGCGAUCCCGUGUGGAGGUCAUGGAGAUCACGGAUGAAGAAGAUGCAGAAGACGUGCAGCAUGUACGCCUUUAUCUGUUCCUUGAUGGAGAAGAACUGUGUAUCAAUGACAUGCUUGUACAUAAGGAAUAUGCUGUUUACAGUACUACUAAUACUCAAGUCUCCUCAAGCGAAAGAAGCACAAGACAUUUUUCUCCUGAGCCUGAACACUUCACUUCAAUCGCUGCCAUUCAAGAAGAUCGUGUCACAUCGGCCAGAGGCUAUUAUACUGACACAGAGACAAGUUUCAGUGAUCAGAGAUCAGUGGAGAAGAGGAAGGCCUUAGAAGAUUGUCGAUCUUUCAGAUCAAGGACUUCAUCUUGCAGUUCAACAGAAAUUUGCCCCAUCUCACCUGCUGUCAUUACUGCUUCUGCUUACAAUAAGCAUUAUUUACCUGACUCUGGGAAAGUCUCACCAGUUUUUUCACCACUCCCAGUCCACACCUCACCACCUAUGCAAAACAAAGACUCGAGUUCUGAUAUCUGCAAAAACAUCAGCAAGACAAUUUCACCUACAGGAAGCCUGUCUGCGUUUAGGCCCUGCAUGAGUCACCCAGAGGAUAAAUCUGAUGAGAAAAUUUCCAGAAUUGAUAGAGCCAGUGAUGGUGCAGAAUCUGCAUCACAGGUGAUAGAAAGAGAGAUGGUGUCUUCCACAGGAAGGAGGUUAUUAGGAAAAAGGGUACUUAAUCAGAUAGGACGGAGUUCUGAUGGGGACAUUUCUGCUUGUCACUUACCACGUCUAUGCCGCGCUGACCGUCAGACACCUAAACCCUUCCUUGGUGUGUAUGUAUGGGGAAACAUGACACGGAACCCUGUCUUUCAGCUGUGCGAUAUACACUUUGAUGGUGUCAUCAGCGAGCAUUUCAUAAAAGAAAACUUCAAAACACCAUUAGCAAUACAGGCAUACAGUUGGCCUUACAUCAUGCAGUGUCGCCAUGUGGUUGGCAUAGCACCAGCACAAGCCGGAAAAACUUUGAGCUAUCUACCUGCAGUUCUGACAUUACUUCUGCAGUCUUCUAGCUACAGUAAACUGCCUCCAGGGGUACAUCCCAAAUGUCUUGUGUUAGUACCAACUUGGAAGAAGGCACAGGAAGUAGUGGACCUGGCCAAUGAAAUGCUUCAAGGCAAGACUACUCUCACCUGCUUGGCUAUCUAUGCUGGUCGGUGUGAAGAAAAUCAAGUGAUUCCACUCAUUCGAGGUUGUGACCUACUAGUAGCCACACCCAACUGCCUUCUUCGGAUGUUGGAUCGGCGCUACACAAAUCUCUCACAGCUGUGUCACCUGGUUCUUGAUGACGCAGAGGUAUUGUGUGAACAAUUUACUUCAGAGAUAAAUGAGGUGAUGACCCGCUAUGCCCAUAUGUUGGAGAAACACUGCGGCUUAGCAGUACCACGGCAAAUUCUUGUAUACAGCUGUCAGUGGACUCCAGGUGUUGCAGACUUCCAAGAGAAGUUUCAGAAAAAUUCUAUAAAAGUGUUUGCCUCACGCAUGGAAGCUUCAGUUUAUGGCAGAGUGAAACAGGUGGUUCACAUGUGCUUGAACCGUGCGGGCUUGAAGAGAUUCACUGAGUUGAUGGUCAGCUUGAUGGCUAGUUCUUACCACCGCAUUGUUGUGAUCACAGAAGAAAGUGAGAAUUUGGAAAAGAUUGCAAAGCUUUUGCAGAGAGUGAAUGUAGACUUCAUUAUGAUUACCCCUGAGCUGACAUCCAAACCACACGACCUAGAGGAAUAUGUCGAACGCUGGCAGAAUAUGUCUGGCUCCUCUGUUCUGGUGCUAACUGAUGAGACAGUGAAUGAUCUUUCAGUUACCUGUGCGGAUGUGGUUGUUCACUUCGAUAUUCCUAGAUCAAAAACUUUGUUUGGAAACCGCCUUGUCAUGAUGCUAGACAAUUUUUGUGACCCGGAAGUUGUCAACAACAGCAUGGGCAGCAAAUCGAAGAAGCAAGCAGUCUCUCAUAUACUAGUAAAGGAGAGUUGCCAGAUGGAACGUGUGCACAGUCUGUAUGAUUUCUUGACUCGAAAUGCUUCCUGCAUACCCCCUGAUAUGGAGGCCUUUAUCAAAGGGAUGCUUGAGGGUUUAAAUACUGAUGAUAAAAAACCACUUUGCAAGAGUGUGAAGGCUUAUGGAUUUUGCAGUAAAGGGAAGUGUCUUGAUCGCCAUUUGGUGAUGACAGCAGACAAGGGAGAUGAUUCAUGGCUUCCAGAUGCAGGAGAAGUGAAGAUGAAAGUUUGUCAUGUAAUUGAUACUAGCCACUAUUUUGUUCGCCUGCUGGAACAUUGUAAAGAGGACAGAACUGUGCAGAACUACCGCACAAACUGUGUGCAGCUUAUUAUGGAUCUGGCACUGUUUUUUUUAGAGCCUCAGAAUGUGUCACCAUACUCACUGACACAAGAUGCUGGUCAGCUGGCUGUGGUUAGAGAUGUGGAUGGAGCAUAUCACAGAGCACGGGUGUUAAAACAAGAAGAGGUGAAAGUGUCCAUGAAGCUCAGAAAAGUGCAGGUGAAGUACAUUGAUGAGGGGAUAACAGAAACCGUCAGUGUAGACCAGCUGUUAAAGCUCCCACAUCAGUUUCAGUCUGUGCCACCACAGGCAGUGGAGGUGUUCAUAUGCCGGGUGAAACCCACAGAUGGUGACACAGAGUGGUCGGAAAGGUCAAUAAAAUUCAUGGAAGAAAUUUUGUCAGGAGAAAUAUUAGUUGGCAGGAUUGUACUAAAGAUGAAGAACACCUUGUGGCUGGAUCCAGUUGGGAAAGAAACAAGAUUGAAAACCCUUAAAACCCACAUAAUCACCAUGUUUGCUCGCAAUGAGCUUAUCAAUCAUCACUUAGCAGAUGACAACCCUGAGCACAUUAAGAAUCUGUACAAGCUGUGUGAAGGAAAGAUCCAAGUACCCAAGAAACUGAUUCAAAAAUACUUCUCGCUACCUGCGGAGCAGUUUAUUGACACAGAAUGCCUGAAAGUUGGUGACGACUUUUAUGAGGUCUGCAUUUCAGUUGUUGACACUCCUGACCAUUUUUUUGUGCAGAAAUGGGGCAAUCUUGAAGAGCUGGAGAAGAUGGUUCUUAAGUUGACUGAGCAUGUGGAGAAGGCUACACAGCCCAGAUUGUUGAAUACAGACACAUCUUCAGAAGCAAUUCCUACACCAGAACUGGAGACCAUCAACUUUGUGGCAAAACCAGAUGUUUUAAAGGAUGCACCCCUGCCUACGUCAGAUUUGGGGACUGUUGUCACAGCAACAUGUGCAGAGAAUGGGUCACAUGUCCCAUCAGCUCACACAGAGACUGUUACCCCUUCAGCGACUUUAGGGGACACAGGGAGCAGCCAGCAAACGACCUCAGAAUCUUCAGGGGCCACAUCUUCACAGAUUACUACACAUGACCAGAAGAAGAAAGAGGACUUUGAACCAGGAAGUGUUUGUGCAGCCUGUUUUCCACAGGACAGAAGAUGGUACAGGGGUCGACUUCAGCAAAGACUGGAGGGGGGUUGGCAGGUUUUCUUCAUCGAUUAUGGAGACCGACAGUUUGUGCCUGAUGGCGACAUCUGUCGACUACCUAACAUCUUUUGUGAAAUGCCAGCGCAGGCCAUCGAAUGUUCGCUGGCGUAUGUCAGAUCAAGAGGUAGUGAAUGGAGCAACGAGAGUGUUGAGGCCCUGUGUGACAUGUCUCAUUACAUGACAGGAGAGAAGAAGCUUCUAGUGGCAAAGGUGAUUGAUGUUGAUGAAGCUGACUGUGCUGGUCAAAAGAAGUUUGUGCUCGACAUCUUUGAUACAAACAUUUCCUCUCGAGACCUUCGUUUGAGCCAAGAACUAAUUAAUCUGAGAUUGGCUCAGUGUAAGGAUGAACAGAAACUAGAGUAUCCAUUUCCCAAAGUGACUUUUUCUAGACGGAAACUGUACCCCAGUUUUGAAGGCAAAGUCUCUGACAUAUGUGCUGCUCUCUACUGGAGUGAGACAGAAGAUCAAGCAGGAUCAUUGUCACAGGAACUCGCCAGUUUGCUGGACACUAAAGAAAAAAUGCUUGAGAUUUUCAUGCCUGGAGCAUUAAGAACAACACUGAAGCUCAUUGGCUAUUUGUGGUCAUGUGAUGCCCAUGCUACAGUUCUGACAGCUGUUGUACAGUGCAUAAAGUGGAAUCCCAGCUUCUGUACAGCUGGUUUUGCACAUGAGAUAGUACUUCACCUUCUAUUUUGUUUGGAGCAGGUACAACGGCCAAUGAUCCAAAGUCAAGCUGCCAAAGCUGCUGUUGACCUUGUCAAAAUUCAACAUUCAGUUGAAGAAAAAUAUUUCUGGGAGUAUAUGGAUCAGAAGGAGAUAAUUUCAAUCUUCUGUGAUGUCUUGCAUGCACAACUUGAUGCACAGGUCAUUGUUCCAGUGUGUUUUUUCCUCACAGAAAUGUUUGGACACAGUGAAAUCUGCAAAAAUGUGGUUAAGACUCAGUGUAUGGACCAGGCAGUGGAGCUGCUGACACAGUGGCAGGCAAAAGAGAGUGUGGAAGUGACAGAGGCAAUACUGGCUCUCUUGGAAGCAGCAGCUACAUGGGACAAGCUUCAUCCUUAUCUUCUGAGAGAAGCAGCUAUACAGUGUGUUGUGACUACGCUCAGGAAGGAGCCAUCACACUUAAGCAUCUUUUACAGUGCCUCGAUAUGCCAGCAACUGUGCCAAGCUAGCAGAAAAAACAAGCGCAUUUUGCUGGAGUCAGAGUUGGUGCCCAUUGUAAAAGAUCUGCUGACCAGAGGGCUUCAGAGUCCGGCCCUUGAGAUGUGCCAAGAGCUGGAGGCAUCUCUGUCUAUUCAUUUUCCCCAGCAAGAGGUUUUGGCUGGCAAGCAUGCCUCCCAAAUUCAGUCUCCAGAGACACAUUCAGUGAAAGUGAGAUGGUCCCAGAGCAGUUUCCGCCUACAUCUUACAGUCUUACUACGUGGUGCAAAAGCUGAGGACUUCACUAUUCAAGAUGACAGGGUGUGUUGUUGGCACUUGAAGAAUAAUCAGCCAUUAGGCUUUGAUUAUAGACUUUUUGAUAAAAUACAACCUGAAAAGUGCCAGAUAAAAGUUGGUGCCAAUGAUGUCAGACUCACGCUUACUAAACAGCAGAAGGGGAAGUGGAGUCGGCUGUUGAAGGAAAAGCAGAAGCAUCCUUUAGUUACUGUUGAUUUUGACAACCUGAAGGACAGCUCAGAGUCAGAAGAGGAAAAUGACAAAACUGGAUCAUCUCAUGGUAAAGUGCGUCUUCCCGUGCUGGAAGAGGAUGUGAAGAGAGAGUGUUUGUCUUUGAGUGAUGACAGCUCACAGUCUCAAGAUGACCUUGUGUCCAGUUCAGAUGAUGAAAGGUUUUAGAGUGUGGUGUAAUAUGCAUGGAAUUAGAUAAAAACUUUGCAAAAUCUUGUCUCCUGACAUAGUCGCAUUGAAUAGCCUGUGGCUUAUAUCUGGAGUUCUUAUUGGACUAAAUAAUGUACAGUUACAUCUGUAUAUUUUUGUCUUGGUAGCCUUGCCCAAGCAUACUUGAUGGCUGACACUGACCACCCAAGUCAAUCUCUUGGGUCUGCUUGUUGACCUGCUGUCUGUGCCACGGAUCAGACAGGAGAAUCUAUUACUGUUUAUUACAUCUUCUGUCUUGCCAGUUAAUGCAUUUCUUUGUUCUUUAUUCCCCAGGUUUUUGUUUGAUUGUGUGCAUGUGAAGAUGUGAUUGUGUGGUGUGCUGUAAUGUUGCAUACAAAGUAUUCCAUUGCAAUGUAAAUAUUUGUACUGAUGUAAUAUAUAUGUUACAAUAAAUUUUUUAAAAAUCUA